AUGGCUUCUUCUCUCAAUUUGUUCCUCUUCUUCCUUGCCAUUCUUAUAUCUACUUCCUAUGCUCAAAAUGGCCUAAACCUUCCUAUUCGGAAGGAUGCCACUACCUUACAAUACUACACGACAAUAGAAAUGGGUAGCACUCGAGCUACGGUGAAUGCAGUUAUUGAUCUUGGAGCCCAGUUCUUCUGGUUCGAUUGCGAUAAUUACUCCUCGUCCUCCUAUGUUCCGAUCCCUUGUGACUCUCAGAAAUGUGAACUAGCUAAAGGGAUUGGAUGUGUGGGGUGCAAUAUGCCCCCACGCCCUGGGUGCACCAAUAAUACCUGUGGUGCCUCGGCUUACAACCCAUUUCAACGUGUUCUUGUCUCUCAAGGGUUUGAAGAGGACACUCUAUACUCAAAAGAUCACGUCAAAGUGCCUCAAUUCCCUUACGCUUGCAUGAACACGCGUUUCUCAGAGGGACUAGCCAGUGGCACUAGUGGGAUUCUAGGCCUUGCUAGGACCGAAAUUUCAUUGCACAAACAGGUUGCAAAUAAGUUUAAUUUACCCGACAAGUUUUCUCUAUGCCUUCCAUCUUCAGGACUUGGAAAAUUGUACGUUGGUGGAGGAUCAUCAAGCAAAUCAGAUGUGUUGAAAUCACUUAUCUCAACACCCCUCAUCGUAAAUCCUGUAAGUACUGCCCCUGCUUAUACCGUUGGUGAUCCAUCCGAUGAAUAUUUCAUUAAUGUACAGUCCAUCAGAGUCAAUGGACAACCUUUGUCUGUCAAGAGUUCCUACUUUACCAUUGACAAAAACGGAGUUGGAGGCACCAAAAUUAGUACCAUAAACAAUUUCACCGCACUCCAUUCUUCCAUCUACAAACCUUUCACCAGGGCUUUUGUCAAGGCUGCGUCUGAUAUGAAGAUCAGAAGUGUCGAUGCAGUGGCACCAUUUAGAGCAUGUUUCAGUUCCUCCACCAUUUCCACCACUGUGACAGGCCCCUCCGUCCCAACAAUUGAACUAGUUUUGCCUGGAAAUAAUGUUUCUUGGAAGAUAUAUGGUGCCAAUUCAAUGUUUGCAGUGAAUAAGAAUGUGAUUUGCCUUGCAUUUGUGGAUGGAGGAUCAAGUCCAAGAACUUCAAUCGUUAUCGGCGCAUACCAAUUUGAGGAUAAUCUGCUCGAGUUUGAUCUUGUCUCAUCGCAACUUCGCUUUAGCUCUUCCCUUCUGGUUCAGAACAAGACAUGUUCCCGCCUUUAA